UACAGAGUUCUUUCUGUUUCAAUAAUGCAACAUAUCUUGCUGCUUGCUCUGGUUUCCCUCUGCUCUUGCGCUUCAAUCCGCGAUCAGGCAGUCGGAGUAUUUGGUCGCUUAAUGUGCGGCGAUAAACCAGCAGUAAACGUUACUGUGAAACUAUGGGAGGAAGAUAUUGGACCAGACCCUGAUGAUCUCCUUGAUGAAGGUUACACUGACAAAGGAGGAGAGUUCAAGUUACAGGUGACGGAAAGUGAACUAACGAACAUUGAUCCUGUUUUCAAAGUGUACCAUGACUGCAACGAUGAGCAACUGCCGGGUCUGCGCAAAGUAAGGUUUCGGAUUCCCAGCCAAUACAUCGCCUCUGGCAAAACACCUACGCGUUUAUUCCACAUUGGUGUUCUUAAUCUAGAGACGAUUUUUGCUGAAGAAGAGCGACGUUUCCUUUGAUUUGCAACUAUGCAUUUAUUUUAUUCUUAUGUAUAAUUGUUAUGUAUAAAGUUUUCCCAUAAAUUUUUCACAAAAUGCGCACAGACAUCAAUUAGAAAAUGUGCCUCUCAUUGUCAGAUUUCCAUAUAUUCACAUAG